AGAGAAAAGCAAAACAAUCAUUUUUAUCCCCUUUACCGGCUGCUUUUAGGGUCCGUAGUGAAAUACGCUCUCAGCAGGGAGUCGUAGUCCACACAACACUGUUAAAUGCAUCUUAUCCCGCUCUGCACUAAAAUCUACCGACAGCUGGUGAUUUUGCUUUAGUUGUAUUUCAUCCAGGUCGAAAAUGACUUCCAAGCGCCUUCUCGAGCCGCAGCGAGCCGGCGACUGCACGCCCGAAGGGGGCUGCACCGGCCAGCGAGAGCCUGUCACUGGAAAAGCGUUCAAAACAAACACGCAGCUGCACGAAGGCGCUAUAAGGAAUCUUAGCAAGGAAAUCUCUCAAAACGGACAUUAUCAUACCUCAACGAGGCACUACAUUCAUAAGAAAUUUGCAUGUGGCAGAGAGGAGGAGGAGCCGAGUUCAGGUGGACUCCUUAAACAUGGCUGCCCUGCUCAUCGCCUGGUCCUCAACGGCUUCAGACUACAAGACCAAACCCAAGUAGAGGCUCGAAGCCCAGUGAGAGGCCCUGGAGAGCCAGCCUGUCGUCUGCCAUCUCCUGAGAUGCCUCAUCCAAACACGUCCUCUAUCAUCCCCGUACCACACGACAGGAGUCCUUCUGGUCAUGCUGAUAAAGAAGUAAUGGCCGCCACCGUCCUGACCACACUGUCCACCAGCCCGUUGGUGCUCAACCCUUCUUCCAGCGCCUCAGGUGUAGAUCUGGCUGGUAAAGCCUGGAAAGAGAGUCUGUCUGCCAGCUACAGCAGCUCCACCAGUGGAAACUGGAGUUGGGAUGCCAGUGACCAAUCAGUGCCCUCCACGCCAUCACCGCCGCUCUCCAAUGACACGGGCAAGAGCUUCCUGCUGUCCUGCCAGAGCGACGACAACAAUGAAGAGAGUGAGAGCACACAUUUCCUGUUCGAGGACCCCAUCCCUCGCAAACGAAAGAACUCCAUGAAGGUGAUGUUUAAGUGUCUGUGGAAGAACUGUGAAAAAGUCCUCAGCACCUCCUCAGGGAUCCAGCGCCACAUCCGCACCGUCCACUUGGGGCGAAAUGGAGAUUCUGACUACAGCGAUGGCGAGGAGGAUUUCUACUACUCUGAAAUCGAGGUGAACAUGGACACUCUUUCGGAGGGUCUGUCUAACCUCACGCCCACGUCUCCGACCACGUCCGGGCCGCCGCCUGUGUUCCCCGUCCUGACCUGUGAUGUGUCCCGAACUGAACCUGCCAACGUGAUCCACACCCCGCUCAGUCAAUCAGCACCCUCGGCACUGUGCCAUAUCCGCACUGACCACGCUUACCAGGCUACAACCCCUGUCAGCAUUCCCAGCAUGCCUUCAUGCCCGCCUCACAGUGAGGAUAGGAUUAGUGUAUCCUGGCAGUCACCCCCUGUCAUUUAUAAAGGUCCACCGGGCCCGAUGACUCAAAUCCGCACUGUCAGCAUCGGUGAGAAGAGACAACCUGUUAACCACACCACUGUCAGCAAAACACACACCAACAGCACCUCCACUUCCAAACCCACCACUGGAACCAGGAAACCCCGCGGUGAAGCCAAGAAGUGUCGGAAGGUGUAUGGCAUGGAGAAGAAAGACCUGUGGUGCACAGCGUGCCGCUGGAAGAAGGCCUGCCAGCGCUUCACUGAUUGAGUCCCUCUUUAACCCCACACUUCUGCUCUUUAUAUGCGGUUGUUCCAAAGGAAUGAGCACUGAAAGCUCCUGCUACUCUCACUGUGGACUAGAGCUGAGAUGAUGUUCAUCUGACGUGUGUGGCCUUUUGAUUCCUUCAGGCCACAAGGGGGGGCUCUUUUUCUAACGCUUCCAUAGUGGAACACUGAGACUUUAUUUAGAAAACAAAAAACACGGAUAAAAAGCUGAAAAAGCAAAAACAAUUUUUGAAAAAAAAAAAAGCUUUUGCUGCAUUGCAUAUUAAAGCGAAACGAAGUAUUUUUCUAAAGUAAUCCAGAAACGAAAACGGCGUAUUUUCAUAUUUCACGUGGAAUACAGCUAACCAUUUUCCGUCGUUUUAGUUGUGGCAGACUUUAUACAAUGUUUUUACUGUUCUCUAAGCUAUUUUUAUUGAGUGUUUUCAACAGUUAACCCUCGCUCAAAUUCAAAUCGGCUCACAUUUCCGUACUUACCGCUUUAUUUUGCCUAUAAGCACUUUUAAUGCUCAUUAAAAUCAUUGAAAUAAAGCAGAGUACAGUCGGCGCGUUCCCUGUGAGCGUUUCUGACAACUGGUCAGGAACUCAAAUGUGGCUAAAGUGAUACCUCCAAACGAGAUUGAGCCUUAGAGAGAGAGAGAGGCGUCUGUGCACUUGAAGUGCAGGAAUGUAAAAUAACGUCUCUCUAUCUCUGCACCGGAAAUACUCUGUCCCUCACAGAUCAACUGCCUCUCUAUAAGCUAUGAGGUUUAUUCCUGUCAGUCCACAGUAUUAAUUCGCACUUCACAUUUAAACCGACCACCUGCUGUCCCAGUCUAAUGUGAUUCAUAAAUCUAAGUGUUUUCCUCGAGUCUUUUUGUGCUUCCUAAGAAAUCAUUUGCUUCUCAUUCAGCGCACGGAUGUUUUUCCCACAAUGAAAGCGCAUGCUCUGAUAGCUGUGUUUUCUUUUCAUUUGGAGGGUGAUCAUUUGGGGCUGGUGUCCUAUGUGUACUCUCAUAUUCUCAGUAUAAGCGGAGCAGAUCUGAGCUGUUGGAACUGAUAGAUUUUUUUCCGUUUUCCAAGCCAAUAUCUAAAAA